UGGUUCGGUUUUUUAGGAUUUCCAUUUUUCCGACGAGGAAACUGCUCUUGUCGCCGUUCGGGGUUUGGAACGGUUACUUUUCCCUUUCCUUUCGGAAUGAUCUAUUGAGUGAGCUCUCUCGGUUCUCGAAUCGACCACGAGUGAUCUCCAAAUCAAAAAUAAAAAAAUGACACAGCCUAGGUCGGAGCUGCAGAUUCGUAGCCGGGGCGUUGGAUGCUUGAGGUGAGAGACGGAAAACAAAGAUGCGCCGAUGCCGGAGAGACUCCAACAGAUGGAAUUCUCAGGCGUGGAAACCCCAUUUUCUCCAACCGAUCGUCCAUUCAACUGUCCAGGACCGACAGCUUUUGUUCCCUGUCGAGUUUGUUCGGCAAUUAGGAGAAGAUCUCCCUGAUUCUGCAGUUCUCAAGGUUCCCAAUGGCAAAGAGUUGGUUGUAGAGUUAAAGAAAAUUGAUGGAGUAGUUUGGUUCCACAAAGGUUGGCAGGAAUUCUUGGAGUAUCACAACAUAUCUGUUGGAUAUUCUCUAGUCUUCAGAUAUGAUGGGGAUUCAGAGUUCCUUGUUCUUAUAUUCAAUCAUGAUGCUUGUGAAAUACAGUAUACUCUUCGAGAGUCCAAUCUUCACGACAAACAUUCAAAUCUUGAAAAUGAAGAAAGAGGAGAAGAGGGCAUUCCAGCUUUUGUGAAUUUUGAAAAUGAAGAAAGAGAAGAAGAAGAGGACACUCUAGCUUCUUUGAAUCUUGAAAAUGAAGAAAGAGGAGAAGAGGGCAUUCCAGCUUUUUUGAAUCUUGAAAGUGAAGAAAGAGGAGAAGAAGAGGAAACUCCAGCUUCUUUGAGAAUGCCGGUUAUUGAUGGGCAUGGAGAACAACAAACUCUUCAAGAGUCCUAUAUUCACGAUAAACAUUUGAAUCUUGAAAAUGAAGAAAGAGGAGAAGAAGAGGGCACUCCAACUUCUUUGAGAAUGACGACUAUUGACGGACAUGAAGAACAACAAACUAAAAGAACGUCUAAGAAACGGGGAAAGAGUAGUUCUGCUAACUCAACAAGCCCAGUCUCUAAAUCAGAUUGUCUUGCUCAAAAAAAAAGGAAGACGAACGAAAUUGUGGGAAAACAAACCAAGCCAAAUGCUUCAGGAGAGAAGGGGACCAAAGAAUUUGAGAACCAACAGAUAGCUCAAAGAAGUGGCGUUACUACAUUGCCGCAGUGUUUGGAAGAUGAAAAUGAAUGGGCUUUGCUGAGAAAGAAAAGGCCAGUGACAGAGAAAGAAAAAGAAAGGGCAAUUUGCGCAGCCAAAUUGUUAAAAACUAAAAAUCCUUCAUUCAUGGUCGUCAUGAAACCAUCAUAUCUGCACAAGGGAUUGAAUGUACCUCUUGAAUUUAGCAGGAAACAUUUCUCAGAUGGAUUACACCGUGUCAUACUUCGGCUUCCAAAUGGGAGUACAUGGCCUGCCCGGUUCCUUUUUCGCAGUCGUAUUAAAGCACUCCUUAGUGGUGGUUGGAAUGCAUUUGCUCGGGAAAAUGUUCUUUUAGAGGGAGACUGUUGUGUCUUUGAGGUGUUUAAGAAGAAAAAUAUUGAGUUGAAAGUAUCAAUUUUCCGUGUUGUGGAAGUCCCACCUGUUGGAUCUGUUACUUCAAAGACGAGGCAUCCUAUGACAUUCAAAGAAAGUAAAGCUACUCAAGCAGCAAGAGAGUUCAAGUCUGUAUACCCUUUCUUCACAUUUUACAUGCUCCAAAGCUAUGCUCGGAGGUGUGGCAUGAUUAUGACUGCUGACUUUGUCGAGAAGCAUAUGCCAGUUGACGUAGAGACAAUCACACUUCAGGAUUCGGAUGGGAGAAAAUGGCCUGUCAAGUUCUGUAGUCUGAAGGAUGGGGGGCGUAGAUUUGGUGCUGGUUGGGCUGCAUUUGUUAAGGCAAAUAAUAUAGAAGAGGGAGAUGUUUGUGUUUUGGAACAUCUUGAGAAGAAGGGUACUGUUUUGAAGGUCUCCAUUUUAAAAAAUCAUUGAACAUGUGGUGAAACUGUAAGACUUACCAAGUUAAAUGAAAUUUUACUUUCCUGUUUUCCUA